AUGAUAUCGUUAAAUGAUGCUGCUCACAAUGCUGAGCAAUAUUCAGCGUACGUUGAACGACAUAUGGAUGAGCGCCGACAACGUGUUGAACAGCUUGAUGCCUUUGUGCGCCAUCGACUUCGUCUUUAUCGAGAAGCACAGAAUCACGUUCAACGACAAACCACAAAUAAAACGAUCGAAGCUGUAACUUUGCCUCCACCACUAGCACCAGCUGACACAGUUGUUGUCCUAUCCCAACGAGCGACCACUCCUUUUCUUCAAUCGUCCACAUUCUGUCCAAACGAACUAACCAGUCGUGUCCGCCACAGUAAACAACGCUUAGCAUCCAAACAACUCGUUCAGUCUGAUAGUCUACCAUCCACUGACGAUACACCACCUGUUGGAACAUGGCUCAAUCCUGUUCCAGUAACACUACAAACAAAUAAGAAUGAACAAGAACAUCUGUCAUCAGACACGACACUGCGUCGAUCGAUGAGUGAAAAUCAACUUUCCGUGUUUGCAUUAAAAGCAUUGACGGACACUCUGACCGAGGGUUUAACAAGUCUCGAAAAUCGAAAACGACUUCAAGCUACACGUGCCUUGUUCAUGACGAUUGAACGACGACAAGUAAAGGAAGCUUUACUCCUAAGUAAACAAAACAAAGAAAUGCAACGUCUCGUUGAAUUAAAAGAAGCAGAACGUUUGCAUCAAGAACAAUCUCUAGCACAGCAACAAAUCUCGCCAAUUCCAAAUGAAGCUGUCCUUGAUGUAAAUAGUGCAGAUCCGAAGGAACUAGCUCGUCUUCGACAACAACGUAUUCAUGACCAAAAACGACGCGAAAUCGAACGAUAUAUUCGAGCGUUGAAAACAACCCUGCGUGAACGCUGUUCGAAUCGUGGAAUUCAUGUUCCAAAUUUAUGCUCGUGUCAUUCGACAAUAUGGGAAGCUGAUCCGAUGACAUGUUCACAGAACUGUUCAUUCUACCAAAAUCCUACAGCAUUCGCAACAUCAUUACAUAGUCUGUUGACAUCGUGUCAAGCUACAAAUUAA